AUGGACUUCCUCCGGCACCACCUCCCUGGGCUGCAUCGGGCCUUGAGGGGAGCACUGGGUUCCUUCAGCACCUUUGUCUCCUACCUCGUGGGAGAUGACGUCCCCACUGUAGAAAGGGAGGCACGCGCAGCCGAGGAACGGGGGGAGGUAGCUUCAGGAAGGCCAGAGAAGGUUGUAGAGGAGGAAGCCCAGGAAGCCCUGGAGGGCCUUAGAGGCAGCCACAGCAAGGGAGAUGAUGGGCCAAGAGGGCCUGGAGAGGCCAGAAGACGUCAGAAGGGAAGCUCAGCUUCAGAACAGACCUGGGGUUGGGGAGAAGGCAGCUCUCACGGGUCGCAAGAAGACAGGCAGAACACUGGGGCCUGGGAGGCAGCCAAGGCUGCUAGGUGUCUGGAGCCAAGUGCCCCCUUGCAGGCUGAAGCAGGGUCUGAGGAUCACCGAGAGGGGAGAAGCCAAGCCCAGGAGAGUCAGGAGCUCAACGUGCAGGAAGUGAACAGAGGGGAGACGCUGAGAACCUGGGAACAGGAGGAGGAGGAGGAGGAAGAGGUUAGGGCAAGAGAGCCAGGGAUGGCCAGAGGGGUGGAGUCAGAGUGGCCCUGGCAUGGGGAGCCAGAGGGGAAGGCUGGUGCUGACGGGCAAAAGGUGGCAGGGGACAACAGGGAGACAGAGCAGGUGGUCAAGGAGGCAGUUGUAGAGGAAGCUGAAGGGGCUGGGAGGGAAGAUGAGGUGUUAGUAGUGGUAAGGGGCAGCCAGAGCACAAGGGCACAGGGGACACACGGCCCAGAGGCAGAGUCUGAGGACCGGGCAACUUUGGGCAGGGAGGAGGCCAGGACAACCUCAUUCAGAGAGGGCACUGAUCUCCCAGGAGUCAGAGAGACAGAAUAUGGGCCAGUCCCCGAAGAAAGGAUCCCAGAGGCUCCUGGGAGAGCCUGGGUCCCAGAGGAGGCCCUCGAGGGAGACCAGGAGGAAGAGGUGGAUGAGAAGAGUGAGGCUGAGGUAAGCCUUUUCCCCAAACAGAUCCAGGCCCUGGGAACUGAGGGGUUGGAAGAAGCAGCUGAGGGCCAGACAGCAGCAGGGGAGGCUGCAGGAGACAAGGAGGCAGGAGAGGGCUUUGAGGGGCAGGCAGACCAGUGUGGGCGAGAGGCCGAGGAAAGGCAGGACUCAGAGAUCAGGGCUGAUUGGGCCAGUCUGGAGGAGCCGGGACAGGUGGAGGAGGCACAGGAGGAGGAAGGGCAUUGCUGGGCCACAGAGGCUGGGCUGCCCCUACACAAGGAAGCUGAAGGUGAUGCUGACUUGGAGAUAUCUCCAGAGGCCGGGCCUGAGGAGGAGUUCGCUGGGAAGAGGAAUGAGGAGGCUCACACAAGCCGAGAAGCAUGGCAGGUGCAGUGGGGUGGCCUCAAACACGAGGUCACUGAAGGCCAGGAGCCCGAGAAGGUGGGAGGUGUCCAGAUCCUAACAAAGUACCCCAAGGAAGGGCAGGGGGGUAAGGAAGAGCUCUGGAGCAUCCCAUCCCUGAGCAAAGACGAGACCAAAAGGAGCCUGGAGGAAUAUCCUGGGCACACGGGGCAUGGAGAGCCUGAGGCCUCUGAGGCAGAAUCCUGGGAAAACUGGAGGAGAAAGCAUGUGGAGAGAGGAAACACCCAGGAGGAGAAAGCAGGUGCUGAAAAGGGGGAGGAUGCAAGGGGCCAGGCACUGGAGGCCGAGGCCCAAGAAGGUCGACAGUCUGCACGAGCAGAGGUCCCAGAGGAAGGCGGGGAGUGGAAGAGGGCAGCGGAAGCAGGGUGGGGAGCAGAGGAGGGAGAGGCCUCUCAGGCAGAGAACCAGGAGCUGGAGGGAGGCCACGGGGCAGAAGCAGGGACAGGCCAGACACUGGAAGAGUCAAAGGCCAGAGAAACCAAGGAUAGGGAGGUGGAGACCGCAGGGCCUUGGGCACCAGAUGGAACGUGCAGGAGAGGCUGGAGGCUGGAGGUGGCGGCACUGAGCGGGGACCCAUGGCCCAGUUCUUUGGCUGCCGAGAUGGUAGAGGACGAGGCAGGCCUGGGUGCAAGGGCUGCUGGGGCUGGGGAAGCUUGGCUGUGCAGGAGAGGCUGGAGGCUGGAGGUGGCGGCACUGAGCGGGGACCCAUGGCCCAGUUCUUUGGCUGCUGAGAUGGUAGAGGACGAGGCAGGCCUGGGUGCAAGGGCUGCUGGGGCUGGGGAAGCUUGGCAGGGGGAGCUUGGGAGAGGCCGGGACUCAGAAGGGAAAGAGGAGGCUGGGGCAGGUGCGGAGCUGGCUGAGGCUGCGGGACAGCACAGAGGAGGUCAGGAGUUUGGCCUGGAGGACCCAGCAGAGGAGGAGGUGACCAGCAGAGGUGACCAAGCUGAGGCUUUUGAGGCCAGGGAGGGUGAGCCUGGGGGAGGGCAGGCGGAGGUUGGGGAACCUGCAAUGGUAGAAGGAAGCUGUGGGAUGGAUCACUUUACCUUGGGCACCCAGGCAGUGAGGGCAGAGGGCACCGUGGCCACAGUGGAGGCUGAGGGGCUCCCAGGACAGCAGGUGCUGUUGGAAAAAGAGGCUGAGGGAUGGCAAGCGACAGAACAGAGGGAAGGCAGUGAGGGUCGGCAUGGGGACCAUCACCUCGAGGGAGAGGCACGGAGGUCCCUUGAUGUGGAGGAUGUCGAAGUGACUGGAGGCCGGAGAGCGGAGGCCAAGGAGACUGACCCCGAAGGCCUGGAGGAUGUCAAGGGCCAGGAGGAGUGUCCCACAAGCCAGGACCUUGCGGAGGCUGCGCCUGGGCCACAUGGGGACGCUGAGACAGCUGUGGCUACAAGAAGGAGACGUUCUCCUAGCAGCUGGAGUGAGGUCCUGCUCCCUGGGACCUGCCUGGAUGUGUCCAUCCCGAGGAACCGUGUGCUCCUCUCACGAAGCUCCUCACAGCGUCGCUCCCGCCCCUCUUUCCGUCGGACCCCAGCCUCUGAGCAGCAGGAGGAGCCUCCCAGCCCCCAGCCCGAGGAGGGGCUGUCAGCCCCUGAGCAGAAACUUCUGCAGCUAGAGGAACCCCCAGAGCCAAGACCCAUGAGGCCUGAAGGCACCCCAGUGCCAGCCAGGAGAAGGCCCUUGGGACAUGGGUUUGGCCUCGCAUACCCUGGCAUGAUGCAGGAGCUCCAAGCCCGACUGGGCCAGCCAAAGCACCAGUGA